AUGGCCACAGCUGCCUCCAAUCCCUACAGCAUCAUCAGCUCCAGCUCCAUGGUCCAUGCAGACGCCUCGGUCAUGCAACAAGGGAGCACUUUCAGGAACCACCAGAAACUUCUCCAAAGUGAAUACCUACAGGGAGUCCAGAGUAAUGGACACCCUAUCGGGCACCAGUGGGUGACCAAUUUAUCCGAGGGAAGCCCAUGGUCAGCGUCGUUGGCGUCAAGUCCCCUGGAGCAGCAGGACAUUAAACCGGGACGGGAAGACCUCCAGCUCGGGUCGAUCAUUCAUCACCGGUCCCCCCAUGUCGCCCACCAUUCGCCCCAUACAAAUCAUCCAGGUGCAUGGGGGACGCCCGUGUCUCAUAACUCAUCCAUAAACAGCGGUGGACAACCCAUCAACAUAUACUCACAGACAGGCUUCACUGUCAACGGCAUGAUGGAGCACGGGGGUCUGACGCCGCCACCGAAUUCCGCGCAGAGCCAGAACAUGCACCCAGGACUGCGGGAUACACCAGAACACUCCGACAUGGGGGGCCACCACUGUCACGACCAUUCCGACGAGGAGACACCGACCUCGGACGAGCUGGAGCAGUUUGCCAAACAGUUUAAACAAAGGAGAAUCAAGUUAGGCUUUACACAGGCAGACGUGGGGCUUGCGUUAGGGACUUUAUAUGGCAACGUCUUCUCUCAGACGACCAUUUGCAGAUUCGAAGCAUUGCAGCUCAGUUUCAAGAACAUGUGUAAACUCAAACCCUUGCUAAACAAGUGGCUUGAAGAGGCAGAUUCGUCGACUGGGAGUCCUAGCAGCAUCGAUAAAAUCGCCGCGCAAGGCAGAAAACGAAAGAAAAGGACUUCAAUUGAGGUGAGCGUCAAAGGGGUGCUGGAGACUCACUUUCUUAAAUGCCCAAAACCUGCGGCUCAGGAGAUCUCUUCUUUGGCAGACAGCCUGCAGCUCGAGAAGGAGGUGGUUCGCGUGUGGUUUUGUAACAGAAGACAAAAGGAGAAAAGAAUGACUCCACCAGGAGACCAGCAACCUCACGAGGUUUACUCGCACAACGUUAACACGGACAAAUCCUCAUGCCAUGAUCUCUGA